AUGCCAGCAACCGUUUCCGCAGAUAAAGUGCACCGAGCACUACUCAGAUUUGUUACCGAUGGCACAUUCCCUGAAUCAGAAUCCAUCACCGAGGCAGAGUACCCCGUGGCAACCCUCUCCACCGGACUUGAACAGAUAUCUGAGGCGAGGCAGAAGGUCGAGAAAGAAAUCAGUGCUCUGAGCCAGGACAAGGCUUCAGACGUUGACGAGUGGAUAUCACAGGCAAAGCAACUUCAUGAGGAUAUAGAACGGUCAAAACUCACAGCGAGGGAGAUCGUCAAGAAUUACGAGAAAACACAAGCUAUACAGAACAAAGUUGAGGACACAGCUGCCAAAGUCAGCCUUUUAAAGCGAGAAACUGCAUUUACACAGUCUUUAAGGGAAACCCUCGAAAACGCACGCGUUAUCGAUAGAAACAUAGACGCCGCCCAGGUCUCCUGUAACGAUAAUGAUCUGGAAGCGGCAAUUCAGAAACUCGAUAAGGUUAACCAGGACUUGGAUCAGUUGGCUCUGCCCCGAGACUCAACCAUUAUUACCAUACUAGCGGACAAAGCCUCCGCCGUUCGAGGCUCUCUAUGUGCUACAUUACAACGUUCAUGGAGUGACCUAGUCCAUAUUGACAAAGCAGGGAUACUUACUAUCAAAACCAAAGAUGUAUCCGUAUUAGACAAGCAUUUGACCUGGCUUGCAAAUCUUAGGAUUUUGGAACCUACCCUUGUUUCUUUUCAGGACGAGCUUUUGAGUCAUGUUCUACGGCGUGUUCUGUCUCCUCCUAGGGCCGGCCCAUUUAACCUCCUCACUUCUGGCGAGAACUAUAUCCAGCUGAAGAGCCAAGUUGCAAAGCCUACAAUACUGGACGUUAUGGACUCAGUUCUAUCCAUAUUUAAGUUCAUCCAGAAUCAUCUUCCUGCAAAGGUCCUAGAGCUGGUCUCCACCACUCUCUCUACUUCUGCUUGUCACCUCCUAAUUUCGGAGUGGAUGUCACCGGCUAUACCCGUAGCUGUUGAGGACAUGAAUGCCUUUGAGCAUACCUUAGAUGAAGUACCGCAUUUCUCUAGUUCCCUGGCUGAGCUUGGAUGGCACGAACCACCAGAGCUAAGAUCUUGGAGAAAUCAGAUCCCUCGACUGUGGUUAUCACGCCGACGUGCCCAUGCCCUAGACCGAGUCCGAUCAAUUGUUUACCGUGAUUCUGGAGAAUAUAAGAAGGCCGAACGGGUGGAAAAGCAGCAAAUUUCACAGUCCGAUUGUGUAUUCCAGGGAAACAGUGCAGAAACGGAAGUGGAAGAUGAUUGGAACGCCAACUGGGAGGACGAUAAUGAAGAAGGGGAUAGGCACACCGCCGAAACCGGAGUAACUAACAACGAGGAUGAAGACGUAAGCGCUUGGGGACUAGAUGAUGAUGAUGAUGAUGAUGAUGAUGAAGAUAAGGCUGGGCCCCAAGAAGACACAGGUGUAAAAAACGGAGAAGAGGGCGACGACGAUAUAGACGACGCCUGGGGAUGGGGUGAAGACGACGCAAAUGACAAACUUCCCGAGGAAAAGCCAUCAAAGUCGGCCAACAACACACAAAAGAAGAAGGAAGAAAAUAAGCCUGCGUCAGUCUCAAAAGAGGUUAUCCUCCGGGAAUUUUAUACCGUUACCAAAGUACCAGACGCCAUUGUCGAAGUCAUUGGAGACCAGGUCUCUGACUCUGAACACCUUAAACAACCUGAAUACUCAUCAUCUCAGCUUUCCCCGUCUGCUGCGGCUCUCCUUGGAAUACCCACUUUAGUGGUUGCCAUGUUUAAAGCUAUGGCGCCUAUUUUCUAUUCCCAAAAAUCAGCCUCCAGCCACAUGUAUCUCUACAACGACAGUAUCUACUUAGCUGAGAGGCUCCGGGCUUUCUCCGAAGAGCACAGAUUUUCAAGAUUGGCGGGCGACAUAGACUCUAUCGAGAAAUUUGGACGUCUAUCAUACGGAAGGGAGAUGCAUUCCCAACGAACAAUACUAACAGAUCUUCUUGAUGGGUGUCAGGGAUUCUCAAGUUGCAAUACCCAGCCUUACCUCGGAGAAUGCGAGAGAGCAAUUAAGUCAACGGUCGACAGAGUCCGAAGCGUACACAACGAGUGGAAGUCCAUACUCUCCCACUCUGUGCUACUGCAGUCGAUUGGCUCUCUACUCUCAACAGGGAUAAACAAGAUCAUCUUAGACAUUGAAGACCUUGGAGAUAUUUCAGAUCCGGAAUCGCAGCGUCUGGCCGGAUUCUGCAGCUCGGUUUCAAAGCUUGAAGAUCUAUUCCUACCAGAAACACCUGAGGAAAGCACAGGGGCUGGCGAUGAGCCUAUCGCCAUGACAGCGAUUUACGUCCCGAACUGGCUUAAGUUCCAGUACCUCGUCAACAUAUUAGAGAGCUCCUUAGCAGAUAUCAAAUAUCUGUGGACAGAGGGUGAACUAAAGCUAGAAUUCUCCCCCGACGAGCUCAUUGAUCUGAUCAAGGCACUAUUCGCCGACUCCGAGCAUAGACGGAAAGCCAUAUCAGAGAUACGGAGUACUACAUAA